AAAGACCACACACUCGAUCGACAUCCGUUCCUUCUCUGGGCUUUCCAGAAGGCUCGGUGUAUGCAAUUACACAACCCAGCCCCGGAGGAAGCGGAAAACGAGCAAUGCCUCCCCAUCCGGCAGAGUCGCCUGCAAAGAAGCAGAGCAAGUGGUCGGCGGAGGAGGAUGCACUAAUUAUUGACCUGAGAGGAAAGGGAAUGAAGUGGGAGGAUAUCUCCAAGAGACUACCGGGACGAAGCGCCAUCAGUUGCCGAUUACACUAUCAAAAUUAUUUGGAGAGAAGAAGCGAAUGGGAUGAAGAGCGCAAGAAUAAGCUCGCAAGACUUUACGAGAGGUAGACUGCCAUUCAACAUUAUCAACAUUCUUGCCUAACCUCUCUUCCCGAACGACGCUUCACCUCUUUCUCCAAUGUCGCGCAAAAGACUAACAUGAUUCUAGGUUCAAACCAGAGAUGUGGAAUAGAGUCGCCGAAGAAAUGGCCGUCCCAUGGCGUGCUGCCGAAGCAAUGCACUGGCAGCUCGGUGAAGCAGACAUGGCCCGUCGAGCAGGAGUCGUCCCUUUCUCCCUUUCCAACGUAACUCUAGAUGCUCCUCCACCAGGACAUCGAACCUCGCCCAAUCGAGGACACGGACAUUCUCAAUCGCACUCUGGCUCCUUAAGUUCCGCCUCCUCGUCCAUGUCGCGAUUCAGUCGUCCUGCAACAUCACAUGGCGUCAACAUGUCCUCACGAGGAAACGUACCACCCCAAAUGCAACUCGCUAAUCACCAGCAACAACAACAACAGCAGCAGCAGCAGCAGCAGCACCAGCAGCAGCAGCACCAGCAGCAGCACCAGCACCAGCAGCAGCAGCACCAGCAUCAGCAACAACAGCUCCCCCAAUCUCGAACGAUAGCCGCCAGAAGAGAAAGUACCCCUCGCUCCGUGCCACCACCCAGCCCUAGCGACGGCAUCGCGCUGGCAGCCAUAGGAGGAGGAGGAGGAAACAUGUCAAUGAGCAUGGGACGCGGAGGAGGCACCAUGUUACCGAGCGUCGCGGAGAUGACGACGGGAGUGAGUCCGUACAACGCGCCCGCUUACGCGAUGAGUAUGCCGAUGGGCGGUCCUGGAGGCGGCGGAGGAAUUGGAAUCGGAGUUGCACCCCCUCGUUCGGCAACGGGGUACUCGACCCCGGGUCCUUAUUUACCGCCUCUGGUGGGGAAUCUGAUGGGGAUGGAGAGGCAGCAGGAGGGGAAGAGGAGGGGGAGUCCGGGGGUGGAACCUAGGGAGACGAGUAGGAGGAGGCAGUGA